AUGGCUGACUCUAUCAAUCCCCCUCUUUCCUACGAGGCAUCUGCCACCACCACCCACCCUCAUGAGGCAACUUGCUUGCCCUCGGAGGUCGUCGCCUGCCUGAAGAACUCCCGCUUCCUCCAUCUGGCAACAUGUGAUGAUAAACUCACUCCCCAUAUCUCUCUCAUGUCCUACACCUACCUCCCCUCCACCCCGUUCGACCCCUACCCUACCAUCAUUAUGACCACCAACCCCGCCUCCCGAAAGACCAACCACCUCCUCUCCAACCCUCGCCUAUCGCUCCUCGUUCAUGACUGGGUCUCCCACCGCCCACCAACUCGCGCCCCGGGUGGGCGCGACGGAUCUCCCCCACCCGCCGCUACCCGCUCAUCACUGGCCAGCCUGCUUCUCAACCUGAACACCAGUGCUCUCUCUAGUAUCUCCACUACUAUCACUGGAGAAGCACGUUUCCUGGAACCUGGCUCGGAGGAGGAGUCUUGGUGCAAGGAGCGCCAUCUGGAGAACAACACCUUCGAAGAGGAGGAGAUGUCUCUCUUUGGUCAGCAGCAGCGAACGGACCCGGCUGCGCGCCGCGCCAGUAUGUCGAUUGAUAGUGAUGUACGGGUAGUUACGGUGCAGGUGCGCGAGGGUCGCAUUGCGGAUUGGAAGGGUGGUGUGCGGGACUGGAUCUUGCUUCCCCCCGCGGGUGAACAGGAGGGACUAGUCAAUGUCUCCAGCAAGCACUUACAAGCCGCUUCCUCACACACAAAAAAGCUCACCUCCCCGGGCUCCCUAUCGUCGCAAACAGAUCUCAAGACCAAUCUCCCGGGGCAUGCACACCUUCCACCCCCCGACCCAACAAUCAUCACCUUCACUCCAAACCCGGUCUACACAACCGGUCGUCGCGACCUCCCACCCUCAAACACCUGCCCCAACUCACCAACAAACCACCUCUCCCUCCCACCACCCCUGGAGCCAAUCCGCGCAAUCCUCACUCCCUCCGGCACCAAUGCCCCAAAAGCAGAGUAUCACCCCACCCUCCGCGGCGGCCAAACAACAUAUCACGGCCCAGGCCAAAUGGUCGCAUAUACGAUCCUCGACCUCCGCCGUUUGGGCUUAACACCGCGGUGCCAUAUUCGCGUUCUCGAGAACAGCGUCAUCGAUGUGCUAAAGCGAUACGGUGUCAACGGUUUCACGACUGAGGAUCCAGGUGUUUGGGUUCAAGAUCCUGCUUCGUCUGCCGGGGCGGCGCCGAAAAAGAUUACGGCUGUGGGUGUGCAUCUGCGACGCAAUAUUAGUAGCUUUGGGGUUGGGUUGAAUGUUACUCAGGAGCCAAUGUGGUUCUUCAAGCAGAUUGUUGCAUGUGGGUUGGAAGGGAAAGAGGUGACUAGUUUGGAGGGGGUUGGGAUUAAUGGAGUAACUGUUGAUGAGGCUGCUAGUGAGUUUGUGGAAAGGUUUGUUGAGCGGGUUAAUCAGGAUUUUGCUUGUGGGGAGGGAACUGGAGAGAAGAUUGAUGAGGUAUAUCAAGUUCAGGAGGAGGAUUUGUUGAGGUGUUUGUAG